AUGAAUGAAUCAAAGAGGAAAUUAGGAGAUGGAAGAGAAAAAAAAGGAACGGUACAAAAACCGGAAAAAAGAAAAAUUGAUAGUGAUAAUGAAAUCGGAAAUAAAAUAAUCCGAAUUGAUUUGCUGAAGAUUGUAUUCAAAAUUUUGGUGGAAAUUAACUUCGCCCAUACAACCCAAAUCAUUUCGUUGACCGGUUUUUUCGAGGGUAAAUUUCGUACAAAAAUUUCCAAUCAAGUAGAAUUUCGGCAAAUUAUUGCAUUCCGGAUUGAAUUUGAUACUCUUAUACGACAAUGGCGUACACAAAAUGGUGAAAUUUAUGCACCAGCUGGUCAACAUAAAACCGAAAUAAGAUUGGUAAUCGGAGAAGAAUGUCCGGAAAGUUAUUUAGGCAAAUAUGGUUCUAUCGAAUAUUUAACUGCUGUUAAGUUAUGUAUCCCCGGUCGUACCGGUCAUUCCAAAUUAGUGCAAAUACGUCCAGUAAGAGUGAUAGCAGUAAUGGAUAUUACUCGUUACCUGCCAUUUCACAUACCUGUUCAUAUCGAGCGAUAUUUUCAUAAAAAAUUUUUUGUCUCAAUAAAUCAUUGGCCAAAGUUUUUAUCAGAUUAUCAAAAUCAGCAUUUGUUCGAGGUUAAUUCGUAA